AGGAAAACGCUCGUUGCAAACUGCCAGAGCAACGGCACAGCAGAGCGCGUUGCUUUCAAGUAUUACUGAACCUUUUUUGUUGUUGUUCUGCGUGUGUGUUGUUGUAGUUGCUGCCUUACGUGCACGCGCGUACAGCUGCGUCUCUCGCCUUUAUUAGAAGUAUUCUUCUCAACAUUCAUACACACAUAUAUAUAUAUAUAUAUAUUUAUAGACCCACAGGGGAUCAAUACAUACACAAAGAAGACAAUGAGUGUACACGCUGCUAUUGGCGACAAGGACGUGUUGCAGCGUCGCACCACCACCAAUGCGAAGUAUAACGGCGUGCAGGCCGUUGUCGAGUCUGGUGUGACGGCGCAGGUUGCGCAGUACAUGAAGGAAAGCAAAAUUAAAACGAAGCAGCAGCCGGGCGAGCUCUUCAAGCGAACUCGCACCGAUGCUGUGGCAAGCUACUUGCGUGGUCAAGAGCCGAAGGUAGCCUUGGAGGACGGAGGCUUUGCGCAUCCGAUGGACGAGUACGGCGGUGCAGAGAGCGGUGAGGGCAAACAGACCAUCGACUACCUGCUGCUGGACUGCCGGGAUCUCGAGCACUACGAGGCGUGCCACAUCAAAACAGCACUGCAUUACCCCAAAAUCAAGCUGCACCACGCCACCAGCCCUUUUCUGCCUGAGAUGUACGUCUUCAGGAACAAGGAGAAUAAACGGAUUGUUCUGUACGAUUUAGAGGAGGAGGCCGUGGUGCCGAUCGCAAAUGUGAUGUUCCAGAAGGGGGUGGACAACGUGUCCAUCAUCGCUGGUGGAUUACGUGAGUUCGCGCAGGACUACGCGGCGAUGUUGACGGGGCCCUGCCCGGUGCCCAUCGUGCCGCGGGACGUGCGGAUGAAGCGCCGCGCAGAUGAGGCGACGCUGGCACGCAGCGAAGCCCGUAGCACCAUGUCACACAAGCCGAAGGCGCUGUCGAGCAGUCUGGCAAGACCGACGCGGAAGAGCACCUUCUGA